GAAUUAGCCAAUCGGAAGUGGCUGACGUGUCCGUGUGGAGAGAAAGGAAGUAGGGGGCUGGCCGAAGAAAGCAGAGCUUAACCAAGAUGGCUGCUUUCGUGGGGAGAAUGUGGAUGUUCUGGGCAGCUUGGCUUUCCUUCUGCCUCACCGUUACUGUGGCCGUGGAUCGCGGCAAUUUCAAAACCUGUGACCAGAGUGCAUUUUGCAAGCGGCAGAGGGCCAUGAAGCCAGGCCAGUCCCCGUACCGGGCCCUUCUGGACACAUUGGAGCUCAGUGACUCGCGCCUCACUCUCCAGCUUAUCAAUGACAACAACAAGGUGCGGUUGCUGCUUGAGCUUUACCGUCUCCAGGGCAACAUGACCCGGGUAAAGAUCAAUGAGUUGAAGCCCCUGAAGCCUCGGUACGAGGUGCCGGACAUUCUAGUCACGGACCCGCCAACUGAGCCUCUUUCGGUGGUCUCCCGGGACGAGAACGGCGUGGUUCUGUCGCUGGGCGCCGAGGCUCGCCGCCUCAUCGUCAGCGCCCAGCCCUUCCGCCUGGACAUCAUGGAGGGACCUCAGGUUCUGUUGUCGCUCAACUCCCGUGGCCUGCUGGUGUUUGAGCACCUGCGGCCUCGAAAGGACACUCAAUCCGACCCGGAGGGGUCUGAGCGAGCGGAGGAUCCUGCCAACGCGGACCAGCCUCCUGGCGAGAAGGGACCAGAUGAAGAGAGCGCAAAGGAUGACGAGCCUGGCAUGUGGGAGGAGACGUUCAAGUCGCACACGGACAGCAAACCCAACGGUCCUUCGUCCAUCGGCCUAGAUUUCUCCCUGCCGGGAGUGGAGCACGUUUAUGGCAUUCCUGAGCACGCUGACGACCUCAAGCUCAAAACCACAGAUGGAGGAGACCCCUACAGGCUAUACAACCUGGACGUGUUUCAAUACGAGCUGUACAACCCCAUGGCGCUGUACGGCUCCGUGCCCGUGCUCCUCUCCCACAGUCCCCAGAGGACUAUGGGUAUCUUCUGGCUGAAUGCCGCAGAGACCUGGGUGGAUAUCAGCUCCAACACUGCUGGGAAGACGGUGUUUGGAAAGAUGCUCGACUAUGUACAGGGUGCCAGCGAGACUCCCCAGACGGACGUCCGCUGGAUGUCUGAGAGUGGCAUCAUCGACGUCUUCAUCAUGCUUGGACCCAAGCCUGCGGACGUCUUCGCCCAGUACGCCUCCCUCACAGGCACGCAGUCCUUCCCCCCGCUCUCCGCCUUGGGCUAUCACCAGUGCCGCUGGAACUACAACGACCAGGAGGACGUGCGGGCGGUGGACGCCGGCUUGGACGAGCACGACAUCCCCUACGACUUCAUCUGGCUGGACAUCGAGCACACGGACGGGAAGCGCUACUUCACCUGGGACUCCAACAAGUUCUCCCAGCCCCGUGAAAUGCUACAAGGCCUCAUGGACAAGAAGCGCAAGAUGGUGGCGAUAGUGGACCCCCACAUCAAGGUGGACAGUGGGUAUAAAAUUCACAAUGAGAUUCGUGCUAAGGACUUCUACAUUAAAAACAAAGAUGGCGCUGACUAUGAGGGCUGGUGCUGGCCAGGCAGUGCCGGCUACCCUGACUUCACCAGGCCUGAUAUGAGAGCCUGGUGGGCUAGCAUGUUUGCUUACGAUCAGUAUGAGGGCUCCAUGGAGAACCUGUACACCUGGAACGACAUGAACGAGCCCUCCGUAUUCAAUGGGCCUGAGGUCACCAUGCACAAGGACGCCAUCCACCAGGGGGCGUGGGAGCACAGGGACGUGCACAACUUGUAUGGCUUCUACGUGCAAAUGGCCACAGCGGAAGGCUUGAUCCAGCGCUCCGGAGGUGUGGAGAGACCCUUCGUCCUGACCAGAGCCUUCUUUGCUGGAUCUCAGCGAUUAGGUGCGGUAUGGACGGGGGACAAUGCUGCGGAGUGGGGCCACCUGAAGAUCUCCAUCCCCAUGUGUUUGAGCCUGGGCCUUGUGGGGAUCUCCUUCUGUGGGGCUGAUGUGGGCGGCUUCUUUAAAGCCCCCAGCACGGAGCUGCUAGUCCGCUGGUACCAGACGGGGGCGUACCAGCCUUUCUUCCGCGCUCACGCCCAUGUGGACACCCCCCGCCGUGAGCCCUGGCUGUUCGGGCCAGAGAACACAGCAGUGAUCCGUGAGGCCAUUCGCCAGCGCUAUGGCCUGCUGCCUUACUGGUACCAGCUGUUCUACCAUGCCCACCGCACCGGCCAGCCCAUCAUGAGACCACUGUGGGUGGAGUAUCCUGAAGACGCAGCCACCUUUACCAUGGAUGACCAGUUCCUGCUGGGGAGAGACCUGCUGGUUCACCCUGUGACCGAGGAGGGGGCACGGGGGGUCACUGCCUACCUGCCUGGCCGUGGCGAGGUCUGGUACGACGUCCACACAUUCCAGAAGCACAACGGAGCCCAGAACCUCUAUAUUCCUGUCACCAUUAGCUCUAUCCCAGUGUUCCAGCGAGGAGGAUCCAUCAUUCCUCGGAAGCUGCGUAUUCGGCGCUCCACCUCCUGCAUGGAGAAUGACCCCUACACCCUCUUUGUGGCUCUCAGCCCCCAGAGGACUGCUGAGGGAGAGCUGUACAUAGAUGAUGGCCACACCUUUGCCUACAAGGAGAACAAGUUCAUUCACAGGCAGCUGACCUUUGCCAACAACGCCCUCGUCUCCCGCAAUCUGGUGCCAGAUUCCAGUUUUUCCACCGCAUCCUGGAUUGAGAGAGUGCUGAUUAUUGGGGCAAACAAGCCCAGUAAAGUCACACUGAGGGCUGCUGAUGGUACAGAAUCUCCACUGGAAUUUGAGUUUGAUACCUCCUUGUCAUUGUUAACCAUCCGCAAACCAGGCGUCAACGCUGGAGCGAACUGGAUGAUGGUGUUGCAUUAGUGCAACGCAUCACCGAGAUCACGCACCGGCAAGCUGACGCUGAUACGUGGGAACAGGACUGCACUGAUCACACACACACACACCUGGCAUUCUGCGUCAGAAUUGUAAGAAUGGGAACAAUGUGUGAGCUAGUCUGGAAAAAAAAAAUUAGAUAAAGUAACAUUUCACCUCCUCUUUUCCCAGAAUUCUUCAAUAGUUACCGCUGCCCCUGUGAGCGGUUUAUUCUUAGAUAUUAGUUUUAAUUUUGGUCUGAAAAUCUAAAUGAUUUGGCAGUAAUGGCACUUAUGUUCUGAAUAUUGUCUAGAAUGUUUACAAAGGCACUUCCUGAUUUAACCCUUCAAAUGUCACUCUUUGUCCCCACACCCUGUUUGUUGAUGCAUGAGCCUGAAAGUUAUUUGGGGAUGUAAAGUUUGUUUAAACCAAACAGACCUUAAGUGGCCAUAUUAACUUUCUACCCACCAACCAUAGUAAUUCCAAGGUCUUUUUUUCCGCUACAGACACCUUUUUGCUUUUUGGAAAAGGCAAUUAUAUACUUGGUUAUUCCAAUAUUGAAUACCGUGGAUCUUGUUUUACGGUUAUCACCUAAAAUCAAGAAUCCGCCAAUUUUGAAUUAUGCCAGUUUGAUUCUUCAUUUAAAAUACAAGUAAAAUUUGGGUUUGAUUCUUAAUUUCAAUGUGACUUUACACACAUAUGAAUCUGACCUGUGAACUAUUUUAUUUCUUUGAAGUGGUUUGGUGGUCUAAGCUAUAACAGGGAGGUGGGGUUGGCUUUGACAUGGUGAAGCCCAAAAGGGUGGAGAAACCUAAGGGGCCAAUUCACUUGUGAAAUUGCUUUGGCAAUGUUUCUUUUCCUGGUUCUGUGUACCAUUUUUGUUUUUUUGUACUUGAUUUUUUUUUUUUUUUUUUUUUUUGAAAUGCGCUUGAUUUGAGCCUCCCAAUGUUCUGUAUUAGUUUUUCAAAAGUCAGUCCAAACUUAAAAUUCAGCCCAAAUAUGUGAGGAAGAGAUUUGGGUGUGACACUGGUCCGAAGUGUUUCUUGAAACAUACUGUCUUCUGCUGUCGAAACUGACUUUAUUAAGGACAAAUAUGUUUUGUACCUCCGGCUAGGUAUUAAAAGGUGCAUCUGCUCUGAGAGCAGGGUGACUACCAAGCCAGCGCCUGGCUGCACCGCUGUGAAGUACAGCAUAAUUCCGCGUCGAAUUCUGUGUGUUUAAUCUGCAACAUUGUCCUUUUUGAAGUCAGUAUUUCACUACAUUGAGGCAAAUGAAUGGCAUGGUGUCAUUGGUUUUAAAGAUCAAGUAAAUGGUUGGUCAGGACAGAGAUAUUGUCAGAAUUAAGAUUUUAGUGUCCUCAGCAUCACUGUUUGUCUGUUUUAGUGUAAUGCUUCUUGGAGAAUUGUUGUGAAUAAAACUUUUUCUUUGACCAAAAUGUCUAAAUGGGGUGCUGACACCGAUUUGCAUAAAAUGGAGGCGUUGGUGGAAAUAAAAAAGUAACCGUA